AUGUCUUAAAUUGAUUAUAUAAAAUGUGUUCUUUACUUUUCACUACUUCCAUUCGUAUUUGGAAGCGAAGCAAAUACGUCAAAAUCUCAAAAUGUUUUCGAUGACUCUUCAAAAGGGAAGAGUUGCAAAGAUUAAUGUAAAAAUAAUAGUGACUAUGAUCGAUGCUUUAAUGACUGUAAAAUCGAGAAAGAAUAACCAAUAAUUCAGAUAAUAAGCAUAACUUUUAUUGUCUUAGGAUUCAUGCUCGUCUUAUUUAUUAUUUGGAAGCGCAAGUAAGUCCUAAGAUUGUUUCGGUGUGUCCUAAACAGAAGGACUAUAAUGAUGGAGUCAAUUUUAAAUAAUGCCAUCCUAAUAAAAAACAGUAAUGUUUUGUUGAAUAAAUUCAGGAAGGUGGCUAAAAUGCUAAACUAAUCGAAAAAUGAAUUGAUCUUUACAUAAAAUGGGAAGCUUCACAAAGAAGAGGAUGUGUAAAUAAUGUGUAGAAUCAAUGAGAAAGAGUAAUACAUUUCAAUUUCUCUCUUGGGAAAUGACAAGUAUGGCACAUGGAGUGGCAAUGGAGUUACGAUUAUUGAUUUUAACAACCAACUAAAAAUUUGGUUUGUGAAGGAUUACGAAGAAUAACAAGAAGCAAGAUAAUCCGGAUUGUGGGAGCAUCUCAUCUACGAGGGAGAAUUCGAUGAAGAAGUAAAGGCUUUUAGUGGAUAAUGGCAUUAUGAUGGAUUCGAAAAUGAUUUAACUUACAGUGGUACUUGGAUCCUAAAAAUCAAAUGA